UGGGCGCGGCGCGCUGGAGGGCGGGUCCGGGGCCUCCCGCGCGCGCCGGGCCCGGUGGCUCCGCCCAGCGACGGGGCGGCCGCGGCUCUUCCGGCGCUGAGCGGGUCGUGCGGGCGGCGGCCGCGGGGAGCGCCAGGACAAUGUCGGGGGACCUGCCACUGAGCAUCAACAUCCAGGAGCCGCAAUGGGACCAGAGCACUUUCAUCGGGCGAGCCAACCACUUCUUCACCGUCACCGACCCCAGGAACAUCCUGCUGACCAACGAGCAGCUGGAGCACGCCCGGCAGAUUGUGCAUAAUUACAGACAAGGAGUCGUACCUCCCGGCCUGACAGAGAAUGAACUCUGGCGCGCCAAAUACGUCUACGAUUCUGCUUUCCAUCCCGACACCGGCGAAAAGAUGAUUUUGAUCGGCAGAAUGUCGGCGCAGGUGCCCAUGAACAUGACCAUCACCGGCUGCAUGAUGACGUUUUACAGGACCACCCCCGCGGUGCUGUUCUGGCAGUGGGUGAACCAGUCCUUCAACGCCGUGGUCAAUUACACCAACAGAAGCGGAGACGCCCCGCUGAGCGUGAACGAACUGGGCACGGCUUAUGUUUCUGCCACCACGGGUGCAGUGACCACGGCAUUAGGACUCAACGCCCUGGCCAAGCGAGUCUCGCCCCUCAUAGGACGCUUUGUUCCCUUCGCCGCUGUGGCCGCUGCGAACUGCAUUAACAUCCCGCUGAUGAGGCAGAGGGAGAUCAAAGUUGGCAUCCCCGUCACCGAUGAGAACGGGCAGCGCCUGGGCGAGUCAGCCAACGCCGCCCGAUCCGCCAUCACCCAGGUUGUGGUUUCUCGGAUCCUCAUGGCGGCCCCGGGCAUGGCCAUUCCCCCGUUUAUCAUGAACACGUUGGAAAAGAAGGCCUUUUUAAAGAGGUUUCCGUGGAUGAGCGCUCCCAUUCAAGUUGGGUUAGUGGGCUUCUGCUUGGUCUUCGCCACGCCGCUGUGCUGCGCGCUGUUCCCUCAGAAAAGCUCCAUGUUGGUUUCAAGCCUGGAGCCCGAGCUGCAAGCCAAGAUCCGGGAGAGCCGGCCGGAGGUCCAGCGCGUGUUCUUCAACAAGGGAUUGUAACAGAGGGAGAGGGAGAGGACUCCGCGGCCAGCCGACCUGCCAAUCACAGGCCUCGCGGCACUGCAUGAGGAAGACCCGCCCGGGUCCCGGGACCUUCCCCAGAGCCGCGGGCGUCAUUAGCCUUUGCCCCUCAAGCUCCUUCCUGCCCUCCUGCGCCGAGCCUGCCUCCCUCCUCCUCUGUCUCGGUCACCCGGUCACCUGGUUGUCGACGCACAUCCCCUUCCUGGAGCUGGUGGGUAAACUGUUCUCCCGAGACGAUCCUUGGCCCCGGGGCCCAGGGCCGUAAACUCGGCGCACACCCGGGGCCUCGCCACAAGGUCCGGUAAAUAAAUACUCACCCUUCGGGAUCGAUGAUUUGCCCAGGAAGAAGAUCGGGUCAGGAUACUGAUUUUCCCUUUUUUUCCCCCCCUUUUUUCUUCUCCCCAUCUUGUUUCAAAUUGAGGCGGUCACUGCAGGGGGUCGGGCAAAUUGAGCCUGAGUGGAGACUGUUAAAAAACAAAAACAAAAACAAAAUAUCAUCAUCAUCCCGUUGAUCGAUUUUCUCAAGCGGUCUCAGUCACGUCUCCAUUUGUCCUAGCCCUGAGAUUUUAGAAGCCUCUCUUUAUUCGUCCUUAAAAAAAAAAAAUUAUAGGGGGCUGGAGUGAUAGCACAGCGGGUAGGGCGUUUGUCUUGCACACGGUCGACCCGGGUUCGAUUCCCAGCAUCCCAUAUGGUCCCCUGAGCACCGCCAGGAGUGAUUCCUGAGUGCAGAGCCAGGAGUAACCCCUGUACAUUGCCAGGUGUGACCCAAAAAGAAAAAAGAAUUAUAAAAUUAUUAAAGAGAUCUAAAUAUAAACAUAGAUGUACCUUAAAGGCAGCAGGCUUCCCCUUGUGGGCCAUGGGGAAGGAGCCACAAAGAGAUGAAGAGUCAAAACUCCCCCAAAGGGACUGGGCAUUAGCUUAGCUGACCCGAGUUCGAUUCCCAGUACCCGGUGGGGGCCCCCCCAAGCACUGCCAAUUCCUGAGUGCAGAGCCAGGAGUAACCCCUGAGCAUCACUGGGUGUCGCCCAAAAACAAAAGAACCCCCAGAUCUAGGGGCUUCGCAGAUGCUGUAGAAACAGCUGGGAGUCCGUGUGUGUGUGUGUGUGUGUGUGUGUGUGUGUGUGUGUGUGUGUGUGUGUGUGUGUUUCUGUGUCAGGGCGGCUGCUGGGCGCUGUUCUGAUGCCACCGCUCUUCUCUAGCCCCAAAGCACUUUUUAUUUCUCUAGGGCUUAAUUCCACCCCAGGAAAAACGCACUGAGGUUGGGCUUGGUUGGGCUCUGAAGGCCCGGUUCAAUUUGAUUUUCUAUCCUUGAGACACGACGCGCCUUUUCCAACAGUCCCCCUGGAAAGUCAAGAGAGGCAGGAGUGAUGGGUGUAGGGAUGCGGGCACGCAGGGGAAACCCACACCCUCCCUCCACCCCUAGUAAAUGACACUGGGGGGGGGGCAGCCCGCUUUCGGUCUCGUCAAUUUCACCUGCCGCUGACUUCCUAUCUUGUAAAUUUCACCCAUCCUUUCCUUGAAGGCUCAGGCUGUUUUGCAGCUGUCCCUGUUUCAACCCCUAAGCCCGGUGACUGACUGUAUUAUGGCCCCAUUGUCAUUUACAAGCUUGUAAAUGGGAGGAGGAGAAAAGUCUAGAACGCUAGACUUCCUAGAAUGCUUUUUAUUUUAUUUUAUUUUAUUUUUCUAUAGUUGUUCAUAAUCAUUCAUGACAUUUAAUAUUCAAACACCAAUCCCACCACCAUCAGAGGAAAGUGUGUGACGAUUGUUGCAUUUCAUCCUGGAGCCAUUUAAGCCCUUGUAUUGAGAGAUUCCGAGCAUGUGUGUUAAACCCAAACAAAUGUGUGCUACUCUCGGUACCUCAGAGGGCUCGAGCGUGAGCGGUCGCCCCAGGAACUCUGAAAUUUAGAAUCUGAUGAUAGAGCAGAUGCACUCAUGGGUGAGGUCUAGGUUCACUCUCUUCUUGGCCGUUGGCUAUUUUUUUUUUAAAGGGUGAAGAGGGCAAACCCACAGGUUCUCACACGUAACUCCUGGCUCUGCACACAGGGAUCUCCGGGCGGGCUCAGGGGGCCAUAUAAGAUGUUGGGGUCCAACCUGGGUUAGCAGCUGCAAGGCAAGCGCCCUACCCUCUUGUACUGUCUGAUCUCUGGGGAAGCUAGCUUUCUUAGAAGGUGGCCAAAUGGAAUUUACUCAUUUAAAAAAGGGGGAGGGGCACGGGAUGGAGUGAUACAGUACAGCAGGGAGCACGCUGGCCUUGGGCAGCUGACCCAGGUUCCAUCCUGGACGCCUCAUAUCACCCACCCGCCCCAAGCACCACCAGUAGUGAUUCAUGAGAUAAGAGUCAGGAGUAACCCCUGAGCAUCACUGGGGGUGCCCCCUCCGCACCCCCCCCCCCAAAAAAAAAAAACAGCCCACAAUUCUUUUUUUCUCUUUCCUACUCUCUCUGGAAGGAUUCCUGAAGGGCUCAGGCAUGAGGAUUUUCCUCCUCUGUUGCCAGAAUUUGCUCGCUGACAUUUUUCCCCUGCUUGAAGCACCCAAAGCCACCUUUCCCCGACCUCCAGCCUUGGAUGUCUUUUGUGGCUCUUCAUGCGUCUUUUUCUAAACAUAAGAAAAUAGGGUGGGGGCUGGAGUGAUAGCACAGCGGGGAGGGCAUUUGCCUUGCACGCGGCCAACCCGUGUUCGAUUCCCAGCAUCCCAUAUGGUCCCCUGAGCACCGCCAGGAGUAAUUCCUGAGUGCAGAGCCAGGAGUAACCCCUGUGCAUUGCCAGGUGUGACCCAAAAAGCAAAAAAAAGAAAGAAAAUAGGGUGGACCGCCCCAUCUGGUCCCCCCAGCCCUGCCAGAAAUGAAUCCUGAGUGCAGUGCUAGGAGUAAGCCCUGAGCCUCGUCAGGUGUGGCCCCAAAACCCAAUUAAUAAGUAAAUAAAAGUAGUUACGGGACCAGGGAGUGGCAGUGCCGGCAGGAGGCUCAAUCCCCGGCACUGACUGGGGGGGGGGGAAAUCAGUGGUUAAAGCCUGAGAUCUGGGGCCAGAGCCAUAGUCCAGCAGGGAGGGCGUUUGCCUUGCACGCAGCCGACCUGGGCUCGAUCCCCGGCACCCCACACGGUUCCCCAAGCACUGCCAGGAGUUAUUUCCGAGUGUUGAGUCAGAAGUCAGCCCUGAGCAUCACCGGGUGUGACCCAAAGAGAAAAAACGAGCCUGAGAUCCAUGGCAGAUCCCUCGGGAGGUGCCGCACGCACCGGGACACGGAAAACUAAGGUGCUUAGUCCUCUCCCACCUGCCCCCACUCUCAGAAUCCUCCCCCCUCUCUGGCACCAAAUCAGAUCUUUCACCAGAUAAGGUACCAGCCAGUGAGAAGGUGAUGGAUGGGGUCAGAGCGAUAACGCCCAGCAUUAGGUAGGGUCCCCUGAGCACCGCCAGGGUGGUGAAAGAGAAGAAAGAAAAAGAAGUCUGGUGGCCUGGGUUCGAUUCCCGGCAUCCCACAUGGUCCCCUCAGUACUGCCGGGAGCAAUUCCUGAGUGCAGAGCCAGGAGUAACCCCUGUGCAUCACCGGGUGUGACCCAAAAAGAAAAAAAAAAUGAAGUCUGGUGGACUAAUGGAGCUUUCCUACCGGAGGGUAAACGAGAGUACUUAAGACCCAGGUUUUGUACUUGAUCAAAGAGAUUUGUCGGGGCUGGAGCAAUAGCACAGCGGGUAGGGCGUUUGCCUUGCACGUGGCUGACCCAGGUUCGAUUCCCAGCAUCCCAUAGGGUCCUCUGAGCACUACCAGGGGUAAUUCCUGAGUGCAGAGCCAGGAGUGGCCCCUGUGUAUCGCCGGGUGUGACCCAAAAAGCAAAAAAAAAAAAAAAAGAUUCGUCAUUUUUACACAUUCUGUUGAAGCUUCUGCUUCUUCAGAGGCUUCUGAGAGAAGCUGAGUCACUUCAUCCUGGUUUCUUUUUUCCAAAAGGGAACAAAUGAACCCGGUUUGCUCAUUCAUCUCGGGACCGGAGCGAUAGGACAGCCGGGAGGGCGUUUGCAUUGCAUGCGGCCGACCCGGGUUCGAUCCCCGGCAUCCCAUAGGGUCCCCCGAGCACUGCCAGGAGUGACUCCUGAGGGCAGAGUCGGGAGCAAUCCCUGAGCACUGCUGGAUGUGCACUGCCCCCCCCCCCAAAAAAAACCCUUGCUCAUCUCUUGGAAUUCCCUCUUUUGGGGUAGAAAAAGUCUAAAAGGAUCCGAGGUGGAGUUUGUUGAGGGAAAACGCUUCUACAAAGCCGCUCGCAGGGAGGAUGAUGGUCAGAGCAACCCGAGGGCGGGUUUUAUCUCAGUAUUAGCCCCGUGUGCUGCAGUGUUAGAAUCACGAUGUUACUUCCGUUCGCCUGAAUGAAAUGUUCAAUAAACGCAGAAUGACA